GGGUGAUAAGGGUAGCAUUUUAGUCAGUGUUAGUGACCUGCAACUACCGCAAGGGCCCAGCUCAGCUCUGAGGGAAUUUUACAGGCGGGUCACUUUGGUUCAGGACAAGCGUCACCACUUUUAAGAAAAAGAAUUCCUUCUCGGAAGCCAGUAGACCCGGCUGUUGUUUUCUUCAAGCCCCGGGAGUUUGCUUCCUCCCCUUCCUGCUUUCCCCCUACCCCCCUGUGUGGGUAAGGCGCCCGCCGCUGCUCGCCUCUAGCCCUGCAUCGGAUGGAAACAGGCUCCGGGCUGAGUCGGUCUCCGCUCUGUCUUACGCUAGGCCUCGGACGCCGGCGUUGAAGGGAGGAAAAAUCGACGGGGACUUGCGGUCAACCAUCGAAAAUUAAUCUUCGGCCUCCGCUGCCUUUUCGUGCGUGGGUUUCGUUUCCAGCGAAUCCCUGACUUUUCACCUAUUUUAUUCUCUCUCUCCUUUCUCCCCCCACCCCCACCCCCUUUAACAAUCGCACCAAGAGGAGGAUGGGGAUGUUCUUGGCCAAACUGAUGAGGUUCUUCUGUAACCAGGAGCACAAAGUUAUCAUUGUUGGGCUGGACAAUGCUGGGAAAACAACCAUCCUUUAUCAAUUCCUAAUGAAUGAGGUGGUCCACACAUCACCCACAAUUGGCAGCAAUGUGGAAGAAAUAGUCGUGAAAAACACUCAUUUCCUAAUGUGGGACAUCGGUGGCCAAGACAUGCUUCGUUCAACAUGGAGCACUUAUUAUACAAACACUGAGUUCGUCAUUCUAGUUGUGGACAGCACAGACAGAGAACGGUUGACAAUUACAAAAGAGGAGCUGUACAAAAUGCUGGCACACGAGGACCUGCGGAAGGCAGCUGUGCUGGUAUUUGCCAAUAAACAAGACAUGAAGAACUCUAUGUCAGCAGCUGAAAUUUCCAAAUUUCUAACACUAACUUCGAUCAAAGAUCAUCCAUGGCAUAUCCAAGCCUGCUGUGCGCUCACUGGCGAGGGACUAGGUCAAGGGCUGGAAUGGAUGACACUGAAAACAGCCGCAAAAUAGAUCUUGGUGCUCCAGAGCAAGAAACAAAAACUUUCUAAGGAAAUGACUCAUCAAUGAGCAGCUGCAGGAACAGACAUGGAAUCGUGCCAUUUUUCAGAGAAUUCUUGAAAUGUGUGGAGAAGACUCCUGGUUGAUUCACUUGAAUUGCGACGUGCCCUUCAGUUUGAAUCUGCAGGCACUGAAAUGAGGGACGGGCAUCUGGCUGAAGCCUGAGACAGACAAACCUGCUGGGAUGAAAUAAUAGAAACAUUUUGUUCCGCAGGGUUUUCAACCUUUGCUGUUCAAGUGCAGAAUGAGUGCACUUCCUGGGUUUUUUCAGAAAACUGAACACUAACUGAAACCAUGCAAUUCUCCAUAGUGCAUCAUCAAACUGAAAAGUUAAACAGAUAAAAGAACUUCUGCGAUCAGCAACACUCCAAAGGUUCUGUGGUAACUUGUAUCUGUGGUUAGUACACAUGCUGAGCUGGCUUGGUAAUUGUGUCUCCAGUAUUAAGUGGGAAACCAGAAUUGUUUGUGGCCUGAACCUCAGGAUGUGCAUCUUACUGGUCAGGUCUGGCAAGAGUAUUUAAUUUUUAUUGAACCUUAAACAGUUUGGUCAACCUGUUAGAGUUUUAUUCUAUCGAGUGAAGCACCAUUAGAUCACAGAUCAGUAUUAGUCUGUUCUAGGGCUUGAAUCAGAUUUGAAGUUUCAAUAAAAGAAAUGCUUUUAUACACUUAGUACAUUCAAGGCAGGGCAGGUGCUGUAAAGCCAGCAGAGAUGCAAGAGUGAGUUGUUGUAGUCAUCAGCUUGGACUUCAAAAUCUUGGGGGUGGGGCACUUUAACCUGAGUACCUCACUUGACUACUGUGGACAGUCAAAAUUCAGCUUUUCUUUUUUCAUUACAGAACUACUUGCUGAAUUUUAGGUAAACAAAAGGAGGCUGAAAGAAUGCAGCAAGCCAGGAGGAAAGGAGUAGUCAAUGUUUCAGGCAUUACCCUUCAGGAUUGAGUCCUGAUGCUACCUGGCAUGCUGUUCUUACAGCCUCCUGUUUGUUUACUUUGGAUUCCAGCACCUGCAAUUUUUGUCGUCUCUUGUUUAAUUAAUCUCCUGCUCAUUGGAAAAAUGAACUUACUAUUUCUCAUUAAGAAGUUUAAGAACUGCUGAUACUGGAGUUGGGUAAGUGUGGAACUGGAGGAACACAAGCCAGGCAGCAUCAGGAGCAGGAAAGUUGACAUUUUGGGUCAGGACGUUUCUUCAGAAGUGGCCUUUUCUGAAGAAAGGUCCUAACCUGAAAAGUCAGCUUUCCAGCUCUGCUGCUUGGCCUGCUGUAUUCCUCCAGCUUCAUGCUAUCAUUACAAUUCUUAAUAUGGUCUGUCAAGGACUGGUCUUUGCAUUGGUAUUUUAGGCAGAAGGCUGACAGAUUGGGUUCGGUGGGAUUUCCCAUUGUUGUCACAAGGAAAUGACUUGGGAUUUGGUACUUAAUGUAGGCAAUGGUUUUUCAGGCCCAGCUACUGUAAUGGAUGUGUUUAGUGAAGUGGGAAACCAGCUCCAACUGAGGCACACAGUUCUGGAAAAUGAAUGUUUUCCCUCAAUACUCCUUACCCAUACCAAUGUGAAAGGUAAAAAUGAAGAAACAUCGUUCCAAAUGAGCAGUUCUCUCAGUAUCAGAGCUUGACAUCUCAUUAACUAUUGGCCUCUGGCAAAAGUGCUAAUCCUGUCUUUUGUCUUUUCUGAUGCUGACAGGCUUGAUGUGUAUUUCCAGCAAUAAUUUUGGGAAAGUCAGUUUCAGUUUCUUUUUAAUCGGUGCAUUGAGGGGACAGUGAGAAAUGUCACUACAUGACAGAUUGAGAUUUAAAGUUAAUUGGGCUAAUAAUAGCCUGAACUUUUCAGUUGAUCUUGUUAGCUGUUUCACUAGCCCUAGGAUUUGGUUUAAGUGACCAAUUAUAGUUUCACCCAGCUGAAUCAAAUUGACCAUCUUGUAUUGGCAAAGGCUUGAAGGAAAGUGAGAUGUUGAACCAAUGUUAGUAAGACAAACUUUAGAAAUAGUCUGUCCUAUGAGGAAGAAUGGUAAAGCUUUAAGACUGCCUUGCAUUUGCAAUGGGAGGUUGAAAUGGAGUUUUCAUUGCCCUGGCUAACUGACCUUUCCAUUUCUUCUUUCCUGUGGUGAAUAUGUGCAUUCUUGCUUUGUAUUCACUUAAUGUUCCAGCAGACAGUAACAAAAUUCGUCUGUGUGCUCUCUAGCUACUGCUGGAGGUCCUCAUUCAAGCAUUCCACUUUGCUAUAGUAGCAUCUAUUUUAAACAAUUUCCUUUUUCUGUUGCAUAAAGGACCUUAGCUCCUAUGCAUCUGUCUGUGAAUUCCUCCCUUGAGUUCAUCCUAUUCAUAGACUUGAUUAACAACCAUAAAGUGACAAUGCUAUAUAUUUGGGAGCUGAAGAGGUAGAAAAUGCUGUCUUGAAACUAUCAAUUUGACCUGUCAGUUUGACAGUUUAAUUCUCAUUCUGGUUUAAAAUUUUUUGGAGUUGAAACAAUUUGCACUUGGUAAUGCUGCCUGCUUGUAAUUAAUUCAAAGUAUUGCAACAUAGCUUUAGCUGUAACAGUAACAUGCAGAUUAUAAAAAUUGAUGCAUUUUGUGGCUUGCACAAGCUAAAGUUGCAAAUGAAGGUAAAUCUCCCACCACAAGUUUUUAAUGAGGUUCACCAAAUGAAUUGUUUUGGUCCUACACAGCUGGUCACAUCCAACAUCUUGUGCAGAAUUUUACACCUGAGACCUUCAGGCACAGUAGAAUGUUACUUCAUUGUUCUACACUUAAUCCUGUUUCCUUCUUGGCUGUAGUUAAAUCUGUGUACAGUGUACCGUCUAAAUUGUAAAUGUUGAAAGGUUCAUGUCUGUUUCGUUGUGACAUGUUACUGCCACACCUAAUCUAAUUGAGAUCUACAAAGCCACCCUGUGCACUCUUGAUGUAGCAUGUUGGAUUUGUGCCAGAAUAAUUACCUGUUGAAUUAUGAUUUUCUACCUCAAGUCUUGAUUCAUGUUGGAAUAGAUGGAGCUUUGUUUUUACUUGAAAUUUUUUUGUUGUCUUGCCAAAUGUUUGACAAAGUAAUGACAGACAAAACUCAAGAUUUGGUAUGGUCCUGCAGCUAUCCAGUGGGUAAUGGCACCACCUAGUGUGGUCAGAACAAGCCUCUCCCAAGGUCAGACAGUGCUUAAGCAAUGCCAGAAUUUCUAUUUGUGUGCCUCAGGUGUCAUGAAACAACUGGUUAAGAUCCAUGGUGACAAGAAUGGGAGUUAAUCCUGAUAUUAAGGAAAUGAGGGAUGUCUCAUUUUUAAAAAAAAAUUAAACUGCUGCAGGCUGUAAACAGUUUCAAAUUCCUGAAUACCAGAGCAGUGCUCUCCUUUCAGGAAAUCGUGUUAAUUCCUGCGCAAAAUAAUUAGUAGCUUAGAUCUUGUUGCAAGCUCCCAAUUGUUGUAUUCUUUUAACUUAACACACCUCACACCAGUUUAUUGGUUUUAGCUCCUUGCCUCAACUGUCAACAUUCCAAGUUUCAUGUAGCUUGUUAACCUUUCCUUUGGUAAAUAUAGUUUGUAGAAUUUUGCUUAUUUAGCUUUAUUGGUGACAGGAUGUUGGGCAAGGGGAGUAAAACAGUUAAAAUGAGAUCUUUCUAUUUCAUGAAGCCUUUUUCUCCCUCUCUCCUCCCUCUUGCCUGCUUCUCCCUCUCUUUUUCAGGAUGAAACUGAAGACUUGCCAGAUUUUAUUUUUAAAAUUUUUGGCUUUCCUCUGCUCAAAUGUGCAGGAAUGAUUUCUCUAUCUGGACUUCAUGAAGUCACAGGCAUUUUUCCUUCUGACACUCGAGCAUCCUUUUCAAACAAUUUCUGACAGUAUAUUUUUAUUGUGUAUUGGUUACCUGAGCAUUACAUGCUGAUGCAUCUCUUGCCACUGUUCUCCAUGGUACAAGGAGUUAAAGCACCCUUCUACAAAUUUAGUUGAGUUGAGAGAUAAGGAAGGGUGCCCUGACUCUACUAGUAGUCACAUUGCUUUAGCUGGGCAUGUUGCUUUAAUGGCCAGUGAGUUGGAUGUGAUUGUGGCCACAGACAGGUCUAGGCAGCCUGAUAGUACUUUGCAGAGGAAGGACAAACAUUAUCUUGCUGUGACUGCUAUGUUUCUCUUAAAUGCAGCAACUGCUUGUUAUUUACAUGGAUAACUACAGCUGACAGACUUGGUCACAGCUUGUAGGAUUGUUAUUGCAGGAGCCAGUUUACCCCUUUGAUAUGUGGGCCAAGAAAACAGAAUGGUUACCUGGACUUGCAGCAAAUGCUGUUUUGGUGGGUUGCAAUUCCGAUGGUGUAGUCAUAUGAUCAAACUGUUCCAGGGCAAUGUUACUUUGUGAUCUCAUCACUUUCAGUCUGACAAAAUGCAUCAGCUACAAUGUGCAUGAUCUUCAGUUGGCCUUUGAAGCCAGUUAUUUAUGCUUGGAGUCUGUGCACAAAGGUAUCUUCCACUUUUUUGUCAGGACUACUUAUAGCCUACCUCUGACCUACCUAUCAUGCAUUCAGCUGCCAAACUUUUUAAAUGUUUUUUAAAAAUAUCAAUUUGUAGACUGAGUUCAGUUAAUUACUCUAAGAAUUGCAAUGUUAUAUUAUUGCAAUGUCAGCAUUUUAUUAUUGGCACUCCAUUUUUGUGGGAUUUGACUAGUUCCUUUUCUCUGUACAGUGUACAUUUUACUGGCCCCUGUAGACACCUGACUGCUACAAUUAAAUUUCAUCAAAAUGAUCAAACCUUUUUACAAUUUAUUGCUGACUGUGACAAUGGAGGUAAACUUUUUAAUCUAAUGCCUGACAAUGGGUAUAACUGACAAGAUUGGCAUUUAUUACCAUGAAUAUGGUGCUAAAAGUAUCUUUUGGUGUAUUCUUCCUGGUGAUGGUGCUUCUAUGAUAUUAGUACAGUAAGGGUCCCAGGCAACAAGGGAAUCCUGGAGGCAGUAAAGAUGCUAGCUUAUGAACAACUGAACCAAUAAACCUUAAUCUCAGCAUGAUCAUCUUCAGUUGAGGAGUUUGAAGGUGCUACAGGAACUUCUUUAACAAUUCCUUGCACAGAAAUGAUCUUCAACCCUUUACAACUUCUAAGCACUAUAAGCAGAGGUAGGCAAUACCUUCAGCCAGCUACUGAUGAUUUUGGAUGCACAUUGUGUGGACCAACAUACUUCAUUCAAGUGCUUUUAUAGGUGAAAGUGUGAAGAAAUUGAUCUUGGCAACUUUCUUUUGCCUGACUUUGCAAAGGAAUAUCUCGUUAAUGCAAAGUCAGCUUUGUAGUGACUUUGUCAGAACUCUUGUCUCUUCUGGUUCACCUAGUGCUGAAGAGCAGUAAGUGUAUUUAAAAAAGCCAACCUGUUAAUAAAUCUGGUAUCUACUGAUGAAAAAUUAGAUCAACAAAAUGGAGCAGAAUUAUCUUGUUUUAAUGCACCCUUCCCUGAACCAAACCCUUAAGGGUUGCUCCGCAGGACACUGGUUCAAACAAAGCUGUCCAGUUUGGGUUAAUUUUUGAUACUGUUGAACAUUUUGGGAGUCAGAGGGCAAAGUGCCCCCAAAAUUAAUAGACACUCUCUACCUCCACAAAACGCAAGCCUGAUCUGAAGACUCUACUUGUUGUGUAUUCAUGAUUUUCAGUCCUGGCUCCAGAAACAAAUCAUUUCCAUAAAUACACUUGUUGACUCAGAUAUCUAAUCAUGUAAUUUUAUUUACUGCUUCUGGUGGUAAGCCUUCAUCUGUCAGUUUCAUAAUUUUUUUAAUUGACUUGAGUAUUAAUAUUAAACAGGUCACUUUCCUCAAUUGUGAGGAAAUGAGCCAGUAUUGAACAUGGAACAUGUCACUGAUAACAUUGUUACAGUCUGCUUAAUGUUCUUGUAUCGAAAAUACAUGCAAAACAUCUUUCAUUCCAAGACUUAAUGAAGCAUGUGUGUUUUAAAUAAACUUUGU